GCCAGCCACUCACAUCCUGAGAAGGAAAAGGAAAAAGAAGGGCUGAAAAGCCAAGAUUGAAAACAGAUAUAGAGCUUGGACCCUCAAAGGAAGGCAGCAGCCAUUCUCUUUUCUCGCUCUUUAUCGGAAUGGAAUGAUAUUGACUUUCAAGGCAAUAAUAGACUUCCGCCAGUGGAUAAGAUAUUUAUUUUGUAUUGAUUUGUUUGUCCUUUUGUAGUAAGAACGGACAUAGAAAUUCUAGCCAGAAUGCUGUGCUGUUCAAGGAGGAGGAACUGUUUACCCUAAUGGCUUCAAGAGAAUUGUUGUGUAUUGUUUACUUCCCAUACACCCACUCUCCUAAAGCAUGCGCCAGACGGAAGGUUUCCACACAUAUAUCCCUGCAAAUUGAAGGAGCUCACUCAACAUCAAAAUCAAGGACUUCUCUCCAACUCAGAAAGGAUACGAGAAAUCUUACUAGUCAACAGACAAGACAGGGUGGUGAAAAAUGUGGAGAGGAACUCUCCCAAGACAUACUGUAGCUGGGAAGGACAUUAACUUCACUUGCUGAGGAUCACGAUAGCUGCCUGAAGGGUCUUGUAGCAGAGAGAGUGUUAUCAAUUCACACUGGCACUAUGGAGUUGGGCUUGGCAAAGUCUCUGCCUUUGGUGGCCAUCUUUACAGUGCUGCUGCAGUUUUGUCCAGAGGGCUUCAGUCUGGAGCUCAGCCCCAGUGAGAAGGAGGUCAUACUGAGCACCAACUCCUCCUUCACGGUGGUCUGUUCUGGUUGGAGCAAGGUGACCUGGAAGUCUCCCCACGACCCCAGCCUGGAGGGAGUGGCUGUGGAGGACAGGGGAACCACCAGUGUGCUGGUCCUCCACAAUGUCACCUGGAGGCACUCUGGGAACUAUGUCUGUGAAGAGCCCUCUACAGAGGAGGCCAAGGACAUAUCGGUGUUUGUACCAGACCCUGAGGAAUGGUUUCUUCCCCUGCAGCAAGCAGUAGUGAUGAAGGAGGGAGAGGAAGGUACCAUUCCCUGCGUGGUGACUGACCCUGGCAUUAAUGUGACCCUGUACGAGAGGGCCAGCAAGGCCAGUGUGGAGGGAACAUACCACCCCAGUAAAGGGUUCACCGCCAUCCUGAAAGACAGCUCCUACAUCUGCCGAGGUGCCAUGAACGGAGAGGAGAAGGCGUCCCAGGUGUAUUAUGUCUACAGCAUUGUGGUCCCCAAAUCCAUGAACGCCUUCAUGACACUCUCAAAGACGGUGCUGAAACAAGGCGAGGCCUUAAUGGUUAAUUGUACUGUAGAAGAAGCAGAGAUGGUUUACUUCGAAUGGGAUUUUCCUCGUAAAGAGACAAUUGAGCCACUGACAGACUUUCUAUCGGAGAUUAGAAUCCGCUCCUUCUUGAACAUCUCCAGUGUUACUCUGGAGGACUCUGGCCAGUACAUCUGCCGAGUGCAGGACCCUUUUUCCGGAACGUCAGCCAUGGAUAAUCUCACUGUCACUGUUCUGGAACGGGGCUUUGUGGAUUUGGAACCCUCCAUCAACACCAAUGUUUCAGCGCUGCAGUAUCAGAGCGUUGCGCUCACAGUGCAGAUCGAAGCGUUUCCCAAACCUCAGGUGCUCUGGACCAGAGACAACACCACCCUUACUGGGGAAACUGUAUCCAUUGACACCAGAGAGGUGCAUGAGACCAGUUACCUCAGUACUCUGACCUUGGUAAGGGUCCGGAUGGAACAGAGGGGGCUCUACACUGUCCAGGUGGCCAAUGAAGACGACGUCAAGGAGAUAACCUUUGAUCUUCAAGUCAAGUCUUCCCCGAAGAUAAUAGAUUUGUCUGACCAGCACAUAGACCAGGGCCACGGAGUGCUCUGUGUCACAGAGGGGGUCCCCACACCCACCGUCCACUGGUACAGCUGUGAAAGCAUUGGAAAAUGCAGUAAUAAGACCACAGCAUGGAAGUCUCUGUCGGCUGACCAAGAGAACGUCAGCAUCCAGAUGAACGUCAGCUACAUCGAGGCCUCAGGGGUCAACCAAGUCCGCAGCCUUUUGACCUUCCAGACCAUGGGGGGUAUUACAUCAGUACGCUGUGAAGCCCGCAACGAGAGAGGGCGCAGGGCCUGGGACAUCAAACUGGUCUCCAACUCUCUGUUCUCCCAGGUGGCUGUCUUGGCUGCAGUGUUAGCCCUGGUGGUCAUUGCCGUCAUCUUCCUCAUCAUCCUCAUCGCCCUUUGGAGAAAGAAGCCCCGGUAUGAGAUCCGUUGGAAGGUGAUCGAGUCAGUGAGCUCAGAUGGCCAUAAGUACACCUACAUGGACCCCAUGCACCUGCCAUAUGACUGUGUAUGGGAGGUUCCCCGGGAUAGCCUGGUCCUGGGUCACACUCUGGGUUCUGGAGCAUUUGGGAGGGUCGUGGAGGCCACAGCCUAUGGCCUUGGUCACUCUCAGUCCACCACCAAAGUGGCUGUGAAGAUGCUCAAGUCUACAGCAAGGACAAGUGAGACUCAGGCUCUGAUAUCUGAGCUGAAGAUAAUGAGUCACCUUGGGCCCCAUCUAAACAUCGUCAACCUACUGGGGGCUUGUACGAAACGAGGUCCCAUUUACCUCAUAACUGAGUACUGUUGCUAUGGUGACCUGGUUGACUACCUUCACCGCAACAAGCAUACCUUCCUGCAGUACUACGCAGACAAAAACCGCAGGGAUGCUGAUAUGUGCAGGAACAGCACAGAGAGUACAGUCCAAAUCCAAGGAAAAAGUGAGUGCGAUGGGGGUUACAUGGACAUGACCAAGGAAGAUUCUUUAAAUUAUGUCCCAAUGCAAGAGCUGAGUGACAACAUCAAGUAUGCAGACAUCGAGCCCUCAGUCAAUGAGACACCCUACCAUCAGGACAGCAACUACCAAGGACAAGGCCAAGAGAGAGCAGACGUCGCGUUGUCUAUCAGUGACUCCCCAAUUCUGAGCUACACAGAUCUGGUGGGCUUUAGCUACCAAGUGGCUAAGGGCAUGGACUUCCUGGCAUCCAAGAAUUGUGUUCAUCGUGACCUGGCUGCCAGAAAUGUUCUCAUCUGCGAGGGAAAGCUGGUGAAGAUCUGUGACUUUGGCCUGGCCCGUGAUGUCAUGAACGACUCCAACUACAUAGCCAAAGGCAAAACAUUCCUGCCACUGAAGUGGAUGGCUCCAGAGAGUAUCUUCCAGAACCUCUACACAACCUUGAGCGAUGUUUGGUCUUUUGGCAUUCUGCUUUCAGAGAUCUUUACUCUAGGAGGAACGCCCUAUCCUGGCAUUCCCAUGAAUGAGCAGUUCUACACUGCCUUGAAGAGAGGCUACAGGAUGCCUAAACCUGCUCAUGCUACAGACGAGAUCUAUGAUAUCAUGUGCAAGUGUUGGGAUGAGAAAUUCAAGAAGAGGCCACUCUUCUCCUCUCUGGUUAAUUUGACGGGAAACCUGCUGACUGAUGCUUACAAAAAGAAAUACACCCAGGUGAAUGAGAGCUUUCUGAAGAGCGACCACCAUGCUGCAAUCAGGUCCAAACCUAUACCAGCAGGGAACCCGGCUGUGUCUUCAGAUGACCACUCCUCAGGGGAUCGAACGGGUCAGGAGACAGGGGAGAUAGAGGAGACUGGGACGGAGGCUGGCCCCUCCCAGACUGACUACAUAAUCGCCAUCCCAGAUAUCCAUGUAGCCGAAGAGGCAGAAGCAGGUGGUGAGGUGCUGGACACCGCCACACAGAGUACAUCAAGUCCUCCAAGCACAACCGACCAGGCUGAUACAGCCUCCCUGGAUGGACCAGAAGCACCCCUAGAAGAACCAGUACCCACAGAGGAAGCGGUGCUUGCCCCCACAGAGGAAGCGGUGCUUGCCCCCACGCAAGAAGACAAGCUCCCCCAGUCUCCAUGUGUCCCUGAAGUGGAGGAGAGUUUCCUGUAGACCCUCAUUAGAGAGCUGAAGUUAGAGGUGUCUACUGUAUAGGACAAUGUUGUACAUGACAAUGUGUGUUGUUAGUUAAACACUAAUGUUGUAGGCCCUUUUAGGAAACAUUAUAUCGUUAUUAUUUUUGUAUAUUGGUAAUAUACUGUAUAUCUUUCAGGUACUUUUCCCCUUGUAAUGCUAUGAUUCACAAAAAAAGCAUCAGCAGUUUGACACAUGGCAAUGGUAAUAUUAUAUACAAAUGUAAUCAAAUUGAAGUUGUCAAACUGUAAAGAAAAGUAUAUUUGGCAUGGGAAUACAUUUAAUUUCAAUCAUUAAAAAAUUAUAAUUUAAAGAGAAUGUAAGCUUGCAGUAAUGCACCUCAUAUUUGCACUUCUCAUUCUCAAUUUUAGACAAAAUAAUGCUUUGAAAAAGCGAUUAAAUAAAUUGAUGCAUACAUUUUUGGGACUAUUAAAUGAAUGAUAUAUACCCAUUGAUUCUCGAAGAAUAUAACUUAUAAAUGCCUGCUUAGCUUAACUGUCCUACCCCAUCAGAACCCAACAUAUAAGCUUGCUUUAACUCCACUGUUUGUAAACAAUGGGAUUGUAAACAAACACUGUAACAAACACUGCCUCGAAACAUGGGCCUAAAUUCAAUCAGAUCAAGCUUUAACCGGCGAUAGCAGACAGCUUGCAUAGGAUGCUUUGGCGUGUUGGAGGUGGAACUGCAACUGGAGCGAUCAAAUCAGUCAGCAGCUGCUCUUGCGAUCAUUUGAAGCAACACAUGCCCCACUCGCGUUAGAAGUGUAGGCAAUCUAGAACCUAAAAGGGUUAUUUGGCUGUUCCCAUAGGAGAACCCUUUGAAGAACCCUUAUUGGUUCCAGGUAGAACCCUUUUUUUGUCAUUCAUAUUCCAUUCACCCAGUUCAACGUAACAUCGAUAAGUUUAGGCUACUACAUGAUACUCUAAUUUUCCCUGUACCCAUCAUGAGUUUGCUAAAAAACCUAGCCUAUGAAUGAGUUUAAAACAUAGGCGCGCACAAGUCGAGAGAAAUUUGAGUAAUCAAGGUGACAGACAUUGACACAUUCAUCCGCCUUGCACAAUCUUGCCUGCAUCUGGCUGAUCUAGGGUGUGAUCAUUAGUCCAACAGUUGCAAACGAGAGUUUCUAUUGGACCAAUUCAGUUAUGUUUAUCCACAUUUCAGCUUUUUUUUUCAAAAGAAUGGGCGGAAUGAAUACACCCCUGAUCACACUCAAACAGUUCAAUUUCAUAGCAGCCACAUACAAACAGCAUGAUCCCUUUGAUCGUUGUAGAAUUCCUUCUUGCAUCUACUCCUCUCACCUUUUCCCUUCGCUUGUGUACUUCAGUGCACAACAUAACAGCUGUUCUGUGACCAGGCGAAAAAAACACAGACUACAUCUUUGUCACCAUAUUAUCUAACGUCAAGUCAACAGAGCUACUAGAACUAAUGCGUUAAUAAACCCACUACAUUGCCGUACAGUGUACAGUCAGCAAGCAGUUUAGCCGUUACAUUGGCGGCCCCGGUGGCAAUAAAUUAAUCAAACCAAAAGCUUACCUUGACUUGGAAGAGAUCCACUGUUGGAUAGCCAUAGUCAGCUAGGUAACAUAGUAUCCAUCUCUGUUUGAGCCGGGUGUUUGAGUAGGCUAAACUAGCUAGCUGCAUUCCCUAGCUAAGAAAGUGAAUGUGAAAAAAACUAAAUAUAGCUCUCCCUCUCUUUGAUCUUCAUUUUUGAAGAAAUGUAUUCGUUCUGUAAAUGUAACUGUUCAACUAUUGUCCUUCUCUCUCUUUCAGUCAACUACUUACC